AUGAGAAAAACUGUGGUAGGUGAUCAUGGUGGUGAUCUUGAGAAAUUAUCUAUGAUAGUUGAAAUAUCAUCUGAUUAUAAUCUUGGUGAUAAUGUGACUUUACUUUGUAAAGUUCCAGAAUUAGAUAAUUUGAUACUGUGGUGGACACUGGAUGGUGAUAAUGUCACUGAAGAUGAAAGGCAUUCUUUGGACCUUAUUCCUGACUUUACUCCAGAAAGUGAAUUUGAAAUUUUAAAACUUGUCAUUUCAUCUGUUUCUAUUUAUGAUGUUGGAAAUUACUCAUGUCAUGCAGCAUUUGGCAACAAUAUUGAUGAAGAAAUUUUUAGAAUGGUAUAUUUAAAUAUUGUGGUUCAUGCUGCUGUUACUGAAGUACAAAAUGGAAGUGUCGACAUUGAUGAUCCAGCUACCCUAGCAUGUAAUUUCACUGGUUAUCCACUAAAUGAUAUUAAAUGGUCAAAAGGCGAAGAUGGAUCAUUGAGUGAUUUGGCAACUAUAGAAAAUAAACUACUGAAUGAUACUUUUAUCACUUCAGUGUUAGAAUUUGAUUCUGUUAGUAGAAAAGAUAAUGGAACAUAUCGAUGUACUGCAAUUGGCAGUGAAGGGGAAAUUGGAGCUGAUGUUGUGUUAUUGGUUAGAGCCAAACCUUUGGUGAAUAUUGAUUUUGUCACUGCUGUUGGUGCCAGAAGACUGUUUUUAAAUUGGACCGUUAGUGAUGGAAAUAUGCCUGUGCAGGAAUAUUUUAUUCAGCAUAUGAAAGGAGGUACGAAACAUUGGACAUACUACCAGGAAAAAAUUGGUGGUGGAAAUACUAGUUAUGUUCUGAAAAACCUCGAACCAAAUUCAACCUACCAUCUAAGACUUAGUGCAAAGAACGCCAUUGGGAGAAGCAAUGAAUAUACAUAUCCUGAAGCUGUAUCAACCCUUGAUAAAGAUCCUGACUUUGUACCAGUAAUAUUUGUAAAGGGUGUCACUUCUAAUUCAAUUACUAUUGGGUGGCUUCCGCCUGAAGAUAAAAUUAUGAAGCAUGUUCAUUAUUAUCAGUUGGUUGUUAGAUACAAUGGAACAAAGAAGGAAGCACUUCAACUUGCAUCACUUAUGAAUUUACCUACAUAUCUUUUUGUUGAUCUAAAACCAGCUACAACUUAUAAUUUUGAGAUGUCUGCUUGCAGUGAAUACACAAGGCAAUGUGGUAGUUGGUCUGAGACAGUAAACGGUACUACAAUGGAUGGAGUGUCUGGGCCGCCUGAAAAUGUCAGUGUGGUGUGUAAAUUCGACAAUGUUAGUGGCAGCAGUUCUGUUAUUGUGACUUGGGCUCCUCCUCGAGACCCGAACGGCAAAAUUGGUCGCUAUGAUGUUACUCUGGACGGAUCUGCAGUUUUCAAAAAUGAACGUGGAGAAAUUGAACAAUUGAAGAAUGAUCCCUCGAUUCAUCGAGUAGAUGAGAAAGCGCUAAAUACUCAUUAUAAUUAUGUGCAGCCAAAUACAAACUACAGUGUGCGAGUAUCUGCUGUGACAAGAACUCGGAAACGUGGAGAGGAGGCUUCUGGCCAUUGUCACAUGCCACCUACUGUUCCCGACAGGGACAAAUUGGCUCAUCUGUUUUGGGGGAAGUUGCACGAACAAGGACGAUGGCUUUUUAAGCUUUUUCUACCACGUUUGUCAGAAAGAAAUGGUCCUAUUUGCUGUUAUAGGGUCUUUUUAGUGAAGUUGGAACCUCAACAAAAUAUAGCUAACCUUCCAUCACCCAAAGAAUUCCCAUUAUCAACAUAUGCUGAAGUACAUCAAGGAAAAGGAGGAGGAGGUGCAUAUGUUGCUGAAAUGUUUGAUGGUGAUGCUUUGAACAAUGAAGUCUUUCUUGGAGAUGAUGACUAUCUUCAACGUCACAGUUCUGCUUGUAUGCAUUGUGUGAUAUCUCGCCCACGAGCAUCACGUGUAACAACGACUACACCCACAACUACUACUACUUCAACGACAACAGUGAGGUCCACCACCACUACCACUACCACUGAUCCCAGUGCUAUUUCUUUAACCAAUGCUACUCCUAAAACAGGACCUCCCCAUAAUCCGGUUAGUACUGCUGAUACCUUUGUACACACUGCAUCAUUUCCUACAGACUUUGUUCUCGCUGGGCCAAAAGCUGAAAGUGUUCCUGAUAGUACAAUAGUUGCACCAGAAAGUACAGGAUCUGGACCAGCCCCUACUGUGGAGAUCAUUAAUUCUGAACCAGGGUCUACUAUUCUUACUCCCUCAUCUCCCACCCCAGUUCGAAUGCGGCGUUCUGAGUUACACCUUCCCUAUUAUCUACAUCAUGCCGCUACUACCCCAGAUUCUAAUCUCAUCAGAACAGUUAUGGUUGAAGAUGGAAUAUUGGACAUAUACAGUAAUUACACUGGUUUUGUUGAAGUUGUAGUAUUUGGACCGAACCAUUCUUUGUUACCUGCCUAUAGUGAUUAUUUUGAACCUCUUCAACCAGGCCCAGGGCCAGAGGCCUUAGCAGCAUCAGACACACCACAGGUGUUGGCAGUUGUAUUGCAAGUACUAUGUGCAUUAGUGCUUGUAGUUUUGGUAUUGUUGGUUUCACUCUGCUUACUACAGCGGUAUACGAAACAGGUUGCUGAAGCACAAGGUGUUGAAAUGACUCUGACCAACUCAUUUAGGCAUUUAUGUAGGAGUCUCCGAGGACGCCAUGUUCUCGUAUCUUCCAAUCCCCCAGACAUGUCUCCUAUCUCUAAAGCAGAAUUAGCUGUUGCAUAUGUUGAAAGACAUCGUGAUUCUGACUAUGGAUUUCAGCAUGAGUUUGAGUUACUACCAGAUCGUUUUCCUGACCGUACUACUCGCCAUUCUGAGGCCAGAGAGAAUCUAUACAAAAAUCGGUACCCAGAUAUUAAAGCCUAUGAUCAGACACGGGUCCGUCUUUCCCAGAUUGAUAGUGUUGUAGGGUCUGACUACAUCAAUGCAAAUUUUGUUGUUGGAUAUAAAGAAAGAAAGAAAUUCAUUUGUGCCCAAGGACCAAUGGAUAACACAGUAUGUGAUUUCUGGAGAAUGGUUUGGGAACAGCAUUUGGAGUUGAUACUAAUGCUUACAAAUUUGGAAGAAUACAGCAAAACAAAAUGUGCGAAGUAUUGGCCAGAUGAAGCAGAAGGAGAGAAGGGCUUUGGUGACAUCAGUGUAGCUCAUGUGCAAGAGAAGCGUUACUCAGACUACAUUAUCAGAGAACUCAAAAUGUAUCGUGCUACUAGCUCAAGUGGCCGUGAAGAGCGGAGUAUUGUUCAAUAUCAUUAUCUUGUAUGGAAGGAUUUCAUGGCUCCUGAGCAUCCAUCUGGUAUAUUGAAGUUUAUCAAGAGAGUUAAUGAAGCGUAUUCGUUGGAAAAAGGACCAAUUCUUGUACAUUGUAGUGCUGGUGUGGGUCGUACAGGUACAUUAGUAGCCCUGGAUUCUUUACUCCAGCAACUUCAAGAAGAGGGUCAAGUUGCUAUCUUCAACACAGUGUGUGACCUUCGCCAUCAAAGAAAUUUCCUUGUACAGUCUCUGAAACAAUACAUAUUUAUUUAUCGGGCCCUUAUGGAGGUUGCCCAGUUUGGAGAUACUGAACUGAAAGUCCAUGAAUUGAAAGGUGCCAUUGAGAAACUGCGGCAGAGAGAGAAUGGGAAAGAUAAAACAAAAAUGGAGGAAGAUUUUGAGAAAAUCAACAGAGUAUUAGAGGAUCGCAAAUCAUUUUCUGUAGGUGGUGGUGAUGAGAAUAGAAUGAAGAAUCGCAAUGAACUCGUCAUUCCUUAUGAUCGUAAUCGAGUAAUACUUACACCCAUUCCAGGCAGAGAACAUUCUACAUAUAUUAAUGCAUCAUUUAUUGAAGGGUAUGAUAAUUCAGAAUCGUUUAUCAUUACACAAGAUCCUCUGGAGUUGACAAUACCUGAUUUUUGGAGAAUGAUUUCAGAACAAAGUGUAAGCACAUUAGUCAUGCUGUCAGAUCUGGGAGAUGGAAUCAAGAAAUGUUUACGCUACUGGCCUGAAGAUGAAAUUCAACAUGAAUAUAUUCAUACUGAUGAAAAUGUUAUGGUGACACAAUUCCAAUAUAAUGGCUGGCCAACUGUGGAAGGUGAAGUGCCUGAGGUUACACGAGGUUUAAUUGAGCUUGUGGACCAGACACAAAGCCACCAAGAAGCGCAUGGAGGCUCAGCACCAAUUGUAGUACAUUGCAGGUUUUGUGGUUCAGAUCGGAGUUCAAUGUUUGUGGCCCUUAGUAUCUUGGUUCAGCAACUUCGAACUGAAAAGAGGGUGGAUAUUUUUACCACUACACGAAAACUACGCUCUCAGCGUCAUGGAAUGCUGCAAACAUUUGCCCAGUAUGAAUUCUUGUAUCGUGCUAUUGUCAACUAUGCUGAUCUCCACCAUUUGGCAGGAGAUGAGGCCUGAGAUUUGUGUGCUCGGGUCUGGGAGCUUCGCUGUGGAAUUCAAGCAACCACCGCCCCUGGCAUGCUCUGAUAAGGCUGCCAUUUUAUACCCAAGUUGAGGCUUGGUGAUAGAAAAUGAAUAUGUGGACAACGAGUGACUGCGCACCACUUGAGAUAAAAGAGAAGAAAAUUUUUUAAGCAAAUUUAGGAUAGGAACAAAGUGUUCCACUUUCGUGUGUGAAGUGGGUUUUACCCAAUACCUUACCAGAGACCAGUAAAAUGUGUUAGUGUGUUUCUAGUUCUACCUAUAAGAAAUAUUGUGAUAUACCUAAAAUGAAUUCAGGAUUUCUUACAAGGAAGUUUAUAAUUUGAAGUGUGUGCUGAUGUGGGAAUGUCAUUCUUAUAAUUGUGGUGAGUGUAAAGUGUGGGUGUGGUUCAAGAAUGGGAAUAUCUGUGGCAUAAAAUUGCAUUUUAUUUUCUGCAUAAUGAUGUUUGGUUCCAUCAUCUUCGUUCGGAAGUAAUGAGACAUCACAGUUUUGAAUUGAUGCUGAGAGGCACAAGAUUUGUUGAGAAUAUUGAAUUGUGUUUCUAAGAUGAACUCUGAGCAACAUGGAAGAACUAAUGCUUGACAAAGCAUUAAAACAGUCUACUUCAAUGUCACACUGUGUAAGUUGUUGUGAAGUAGUGAAGUGAACCAAGGAGUGUUGGGUACAUUAUUCAGUUUUGAUUUUCUGCAUUGUAUGUACAGCAAAACAUCAUGAAAUUUUUGAACUUUGCCGUAUUUUGUUCUUCUGAAGCCUGUAAUCAGUGAGGAAUUUUGGCUGAUGUAAAUCUAGUCACUGAAACCGAAAAGCUUUUAUGUUCAAUGCUCUAAUAAUGACAAUCAAAAGUUACUUUUGGAGAAAAUGUUCAAGCGUGACUUUUAUUUCUAUGUCACAGAAUGGUAACUAUAUUCUUAUAGACAAGUACAAAAAGUGGAACAGGUGUGGGUGUGAGUAUUCAUUAUUUAGAUUGACUUUUUUUAAAGAAGUGUAUCAAGCUUUUUGCAAAGUGACGCAUGCUUCUUAUUAGAAGAUAUAAUACACUGGUGACAGGAAUUAAUUUUAUUUGCGUAAAUAACAGUUGUGGUGUGAGCACGGAGAUAAAUUUUUGUUAAUGACUAAUUGUGUUUACUGAGUUGUAAGGCAUGGUGCUUCCGUGUAUAUUGCUUCUUACAGGAGGCACUUUUAUAUGAUUUAUUGUACAAAUGUGUGAAUAGAAAUAUCUGAUUGAGGUUUUCCAAAUUUACUUGUAAUUGAAAACAUGUUCAAAGACAUUCAUUUGUACAUUGAACACUUGCCAAAGAAGAGUUUAGUUGUGUCAAAUACAUGAUACUUCUGUACUGUUGGUGUCCUGUAGUUUGCAUAAAAACAAAUUUUGGUUUCACAAUCCAAAUUCCAUUAGUAUUUGUUGGUGGAGCAUACAGAGAGUUUUGCCUCAUUUUUCUUUAAAUUACAUACAAAUAGCAAAACAUUAAUUUUUAAGUUUCUGUAUAUAUGAAAUUUGAAAAGUUAGUUGAAAACAGUCUUAUAAAAACAUUGAUUUGUAGGAAGUGUUUUAUUCUAUAGUCUCAACAUUAGAAGAGUUAUGUUACCAUCAUUAUAUUUAAAUUAUUAAAAGAAAUCAAAAAUUGUGUUAUAAAAAUAACAUAAUUAGCCCUCACAAAGGUUGUGACAAUAGAUCGCGGAUGGUAUCAGAUGUACUUCUUCAGCUGGUACUAAAAAUAAUUUAUUAUUCAGUUAACAAAUUCAGUGUUAAUAAAAUUAGCUUUGGAGCCAUGAGAUGUAGAUUGUUCAAAUGUCAGUGUUGGGUAAUAGGUUUUAUGAGUAUAAUGUAAUAAGGUUUUAAAAAAUCUUCCAUACCUCCCUUCUAGAUAAAGUUGAUGUGAUGAUCAACGCAGGGCCUAGGCUGAGAGAGGUAGCAUUCUAAUGCAGGUGACAGGAAAUGGGUUGUAUGUGUCUCAGUGGUGGUAGUAGGAAGCUCAUUGAGUUGCUACAAUGACUGUCUGUCUCCACAUGCAUUCUGCCAUAUAAAAGGAACAUCCGUUGAUAUCAAAUUACAGAUUCCUACAAAUAGAGGUGAAAUAUAUGUGGUAUUCCUAGGAUGGCUUUCUGCAUUGAAGGGUUAAAGAAACAACAAUAUUCAAUUUCAUAGCUCAGUUAAUUGGUGAAUUCUAGGUUGAGAAACCAAAGCUUAGUAAUCAGCUGUAGGCCAACUAAUGUUGUUGAAGCUAAGCAGUUGUCUGGUAAAUGGUCAUGGGUAUUAGUAAAAAAAAUUGGUUAAUAGUUUUACUUGGUAAUAUCACAUAUCAACUGUAAAAUUAACUUUUUUUAUUCAUUUUUAAAAGUUAUUUAAAUUACUUCUAAAUUGAUAUUGCUAACUAUGGAAAUCUUAUUUAUGAGUAAAUAAUAGGGUGACAUCUUUCCACGUAUUUUUGAUGUAAAUGUAUUGUAAGAUCAUGCCAGUAUGUGGCCUGCUGGUCUAUCCAACAUAAAUUUUGGAUCUUUUAAAUGAAGAUGUAGAAUUACGUGGCUAAUCAUCUGGGAUAAUAAUGUUUAAUACUAUUUUCAGACCCAUCCUUAAUUUCAUGAGGCCAAUCUGCAAAAAUUGGGUUUUGCAGUUUUCAAAUACAAGAUAUCUGGGCAUUGUUUAAAAUUUAAUGAACAUUAUUUUUAAUAUAACGGAUGUCAUUUUAAUUAAUCAUUCUUAAUUGAAGAUAUGGUGAACUCAGUUUAUUAAGUGAAGUUAAUACUGUGUUGGCAUGUUAAAUUAGGUAAUUAAAUUUUAGCAUUAUAUCCUCUUUCAACAUAUAAAAAUUCUUGAAAAUUCAAUAUUGAAAUUAUACAAAAAAAAACAGUUCAAUACUAUUUUAGACUAAUUACAAGCUUUUUUUAUUCUUGAAAUAUUAAAAACUUGCUAGUUCUAAUUAAUUUACUUAAUAUUUUACAAAUUCAUGGCCCCAAAUUCUGCUACCCCCACUGUAACGACACUCAACUACUAUUUCUUUUUAUAUAUCACUUAGUUAUUUAAACUGACAUUGGAUUGAUUUACAAAUGGGUGUGCCCUAUAACUAGUGAAGACUUACUUUGCUGAACUUUUCUAAUUACAUUGUAUGCAGUUGAGUUAAAGCAACAGUAGUCACAAAAAUGUGAAAUAUUGAUGAAGGGAAAAGAAUAAUUUUAAUUUUAUAAUGUAAUAUUAUCUGUCUUACUGUUUGUACUUCUCCAAUACAAGAAUGUAAAUAUGCAGUCAUAGCCUAUUUUCUUUCAAUAUGCAAAUUUUAUAUUGGCCUAUAUUUAAGUAUAUAUUUUGUUAAUUUAGUUAAUUAUAUUAAAUUAAAUUUCAAAUUUUUUGUGUCAUAUUUUUUGUAGUAUUUGUAUUAGUAGAUUUUUAUGUUUUUAUUUGUAAAGUUAAUAACAUAAGUAUUAGGAAAUAAUAUACUGUCCUGUGGCAAAACUUUGAAAGAAUAAGACCAAAAUUCAUUGUGUUAUUAGAUAUUUUCAAGGGACAAGCAUCAACUUUUGUCAGUGCAGAAGUAUAGUGUAUGUAGGUUGUAUGUGUUAUUACGCUACUUGUAUUGAGAAAAUCAUUAUCCUCAUUGUAAUGCAUGCCAUGAAAAGAUGGUAUACUACAGUAAGAGUUUGGAGAGCAUGAUAAGAAAAUGCAGUACUUAUUGGGGCAGCUUGAUUGAUUUAUCUUUAGGUAUACUUGACAUCCCUUCUGCAUGCCUCUGACUCUUGAAAUAACAUCAGUGAAUGAAUCAACAUUAAAUUGGUGUUCCAUUAAUUUUUCUAAAAAAAUGUUUUUGCAAUAGUGUUUUUUGCUUAUUAGGAAAUAUUGGGCCUUCUUGUGGUGUCUACACCUUCAAUUUUCACUGACCUCAGUUGAAUCAAUAUUUUGAUUUAUGCUUGUGAGGAUAUAGGAUUGUUCAAACUAUUUAACAGUUAGGUAUUUAUCCUGGUUCAUUCUGAUCCAUAUAACCUCAUCAACUUGUGUGUAUUGGUUCUUAUCUUUGAAAUGUUUCUAUUUAGUUUACACUUUAAAAAAAUGAAAAUAUCAUUGAUAACUUACACUUAACAGAAUAUUUUUCAGAUUGUGGAAAGUUCACUCAUAUCACAGUGAAGAUAUUAUAAUUAAUAUGAAUGCGGGAAUGGAAAAAAGUAUAAAUAUUGUUUUACUUCAUCGCAAUUAUUUCUAUUUUAUUUAACUGUUGUGUCUAGUUUCUGUUAUGAAAGAUACUGAUGGUGCACCAUGGUAUGGAAUACAGAAUUGGACUUUAAUGUGUAAUAAGGAAAAUACAUAUUGUUGGUUCGGUUAAACCAAUUUUUAAUUUCAUCUUAAAUUAUUUAUAAAACUCCUUUUUAAAAGUACACAUAAUUGCCCUUAAACUUCAUUUGUAAAAACUUGAAUUUAAGUUAACAUUCUUUGAUUUGUUUUGUACUGAGUAUUAAAUUUAGCUUCUUAGUUAUCUAUUUAAGUUCAUGAGGUUUUACUUCUGGUUGCAGAAUACUUUAUUGAUAUUGAAUCAGUAAUCACUUUGGUUAAGGCAAAAAACAACUCUUGAGUCUGUCAUAUCAUGUCAUGUCAUAGGAUCUCGUUCUCUGUUGUAGUAAGGUUUGUCUUGUAUUCCACUUAUUAUUGUUAUUAUUAUUAUUAUUUUUUUUUUUUUUUUUUAAGAAUUGCAUCACUUUAUAUCACAUAUAUGGGUGUGAAUUAAUAUCUUCCAGAAUAUAUUAUGUAAGUUGUCUUCUCUGAUAUUUAUUAAUUGAAUCUGGAUUUUAUUAUUUCUUUUAUUGGAACAUCAUGUGUGUGCUAUUUUGUCUCAAGUAUUUUGAAAUAAGUUGGCUUGGGUUGAACAGUCCAUCUUUUGAUUAUAUGAACUGAUAUUGGAGGAAAAAAUAAUUAUCAAUUUUUCUAUAGAUACACUAUCUUCAAACAUGGAACAAACAACUAGGGGAGUGUUAUCAAACACUUCUUAUUUUAUUUUAUUUUAUUUCCUCCAGACUGAGAUUCUUGAAUUGUUGGUACUACUAGUUGGUACUUAGGUGCUUUUACACAAAUUGAAGUACAAUAUCCCCAAAAAUUUGUUGAGUAAGAUUGUAGAAUGUAUUUCUUGGCCACUUGAUCUCUUGUAUACCAGGUGUACUUCUGCUGAUAAGUACUUUGUUUACCGUUUCUCUAAAUUGUUAUUAUAAUAAAUAGCAUGAAAAGUUUGAGUCACCUGGGGGGAUGGGUGCUUUUUGUCCCCUCUAUGAAUAUGUCAAAUGUGGUUACCUUCUUGGCAUUGUUAUUUUUCAUGUUAGAUAUUUUUAUAUUAGUAGUGCUGUAGUUCAGAAGUUGAAAUGAGAAAAUUUUUUGUCUGUUGUCAACAACUUGCAUCUCAAGCAAUACAAUGAUGUUUGUGUUUUAGCAUUAGAAUUUUUUACCCAAUUUUGUGAAAAUUUAAGUGCACUUGUCAGCAUCCAUACGACACCACAAGGAGAUUGUGGUAAUAUAAGUAAUAGUAAUUAUAAUAAUGCUGUUCUUUUAUGCAAAACAUCCACUUUAACCAUUAAUACCAGCAACUAAUUACUUAGAAUUGUGUAUUUUCCUAUUGGAGAUAUUGAUCUUCACAAAUUCAUAAAGUAGUGGCAUUGUUUUAAUAAUUCUGUUUAUAAAUGUAUUCAAAUUCUAAUAUCAUUAAAAAAAAAAUUUAUUUGAUUUGUGAUCAUCGGCCAACACACUUUUUUUUAACUUUUUGCAUUGAAAUGACCAGUUUGUGAAAUAUCUUAUUUUGAUAUACACAGAAUAUGAUAUAUCUUCAUCUUCCAGUUCAUAUUACUUUAUCUCCUUUUUGUCUACCACUCAAUUGAAUUUAAUAUUCCUCCUUUUGUGCUAUUUUGCAUGACGUUAUUCUACGUUCUUGAGUGCGUUUUGAAGAAUAAUAAAAAGAAACAAUUCCUGUCAGUUUUCAUUUUGAAAUUCAGAAUAGGAAUAUUUUGUUGUUGUCUUUGUAUUGUUAAACUUUAUGAGUGCUGCUAAUACUUUUUUUUUUAUCACACACAAACUUCGUAGGUUUUUUUGUUGUGUAAUCAGUUUUUCUGCUUUUAGGCAAGGAGACUUUGUAUAAAAUGUAAUGUGCCAUAAGAGGUAUUUUACAAAUUUUAAUGUGAAAAAUGGCAUGGACUAAAAAAGAAGUGGUUUUGCAUUUAUGAUGUGUUGUGGAUAUAUACUUACUAGAGCUACUGUUGAUUGGUUUCCAUGUGCAAUGUCUUUUGGACGUACAGUGAAAUCCUGAUCGUAUUGUCAUUGUAUGUAUUUCUUGCUGACUUAUUAUUCUUUUCUUAAUGUUUAGCAUUUUAAAUACUGAGAGUAAAUUGGAAAAUGUAAUAUCGCUUAAUGUAGGUUUAAGUGAGGUGACUAGGUUGACUUGCACCUGUGUUUUUGUGUUCAGAGUAAAUUUACUCUUCCUUACACUGCCAUAAUCCUUAUAUAAUGCAAGCUGUAACAAGCAAGUGUAUACAAGUAUAGUUUUGUUAAUGUAACUCUUCUUGUGAUAUAUGUAAAAAUUGUAUCCUAAUGUUUUGUACAACAGAUGAUUGGGCAUUACUUAUUACUCUUGUAUUUAGCUAUUUCUUUAAUUUUAUGCCGAUGAGACAAAAAUGACUCGGGGAUUUCACUGUAUUUAUAUGCAUUUUCUUACUCAAAAUAUUUUUAACUAUUUGUACUUGUAGUAGACUUUAAAUUAGAUAUCAAUUUCUUGGAAGAAAAUUUUGAGAAAGCUGUGCCUUGUAAUCCAGUAAACACAGCACGUGAGUAAUUGGAAAUACAGGUAUACAUUUCAACAUCUGAGAUUUCCUGCUUUUGUACUGUGUUGUCUGAACUGCAUUUGGACUUGGAUCACUUUUGUGUACUCUGUUAUAGUUGUACAGUUUUGUUAAGAAAUGUAAUUUGCUGUAGAGUAUUCUGAUCUUAGCAAUAGAAGUUGGAGACUGAAUUUAUGCAGAGGACUGCAUAUGCCUGGUACAACAUCUCAUGUUAUCUGGCAGUAAUAAAAUGAGCCACCAACUUCUCUUAGCAAAAGCCUGUGUGCCAUUUCAUGAAUGGGAUGCUACUUAGGAUGCUUAUCUGCAGUUUUAGUUCAAAGAGAACAGAGGAGCCUCUAGUCACUAGUCCAGACAAUAUUAAAGAGUGUGCGACACAAUUAUUUUGUCUCAAAUUACUUCCACUUAAGUUUUGUUUCUCAGAGGCUAAACCUUUUCUUGUAAAAAGGAGAAAAUGUUGAUGUUUGAAUGAAAAACUCAAGUGGAAAAUGGAAGGUUAUUUGUAACUUAUUUGCUAGCGGUAAAUAGCAAGGAAAGUAUUUUCCUUCAACAUGAGUGGUACUAAAGGCAUUUGUGCAGCAAGGAUGUCAUGUAACCUCGGUUGCAAUUUUUUGUGUAAGUUAAGUUGAUUACUGCCCAAAAUACCAAAUAUGCAUGGGACACGGCUUUCUGGCAGUGGCACAACUUGUUCAGUUGUUAUUUGUAUGUUUCUCAAUUAAAUGAACCUUUGAGG